AUGGCUGCGCUUAGAGUAUUCAGUCGUAAUUUACCGUAUUUACGACAGCAAUUUUCCGCUUUACUAGGAAACACGUCGCCAUCGGUGAAAUUUAUUUGUGUAGUAGUUAUUAUAGGGUACAUUCUAUCGUUUUCCGACGAUGUUGUGGACGUUCUCAGUGUCACUCCAGGGUAUUUGUUGCCUCCUUCUUUCCAACUGUGGUCUACUUUCACGUUUUGGUUUCUUGAAAUACAUUUGUGGGAGGUGAUCAUUGAUAUUGUGACAGUGGGACUAUGUGGGAAACUAAUUGAACCGUUAUGGGGUCAGGUGGAAAUGAUGAAGUUUUUCUUUCUGACCAAUGUUGGUGUUGCAUUUCUAACAACGUUCUACUAUCUAGUGAUAUUUGCGUGUACAGGACAAACGUCCUACUUGUUUGAUAUUCAUGUCCAUGGGCUAGCGGGUUACCUGGCUGCGGUGAGUGUUGCCGUGAAGCAGAUAAUGCCAGAUCAUCUGCUGAUAAAAACACCAUUAGGGAAAUUAACAAACAGAUCAUUGCCCCUCCUGAUUUUAAUAGCAGCUAUAAUUCUCUGGGCUAUUGGAGCUUUGGAGGGCACAUACCCUUGUAUGUGGGGCAGUGGCACUAUACUGUCCUGGAUUUACCUGAGGUUCUGGCAGAGGCAUAGCAGUGGCACAAGAGGAGACAUGGCUGAUAAUUUCAGUUUUGAUAAUUUCUUCCCCACGGUCCUGCAGCCAGUGGUGCGAGGAAUCUUAGGGCCACCACAUCGUUGCCUGGUGCGACUUGGAAUUUGUUCGCCUAGCCCUCGUCGCGUGCAUCUUGCACUCAGUCCUAGAGGUGUCACCAUUUCGAUGCCAGGCGUUGAGCCACAAGAUAUGGAGAGACGAAGACAAAUCGCGCUCAAAGCAUUGAGCGAGAGAUUAUCGAAGACUUCCGAGCAGACGCGACAAAAGAACCUUUCGACCAAAGUGAAUAUGGAUGCUGUGAGGAAAGUACAGUCACAGGUGAUACCGCAGUUCCCGGCUGACACUGCCACGUCAAGCCAGGCGGCCGCAGCCCCGCCCGAAGCCACGCUCGUUGACCUUACUGACCCCGUCCCGCCCACCACAAAACAAUCAUGA